UGUGAGAUUCACCCAAAUAUUAAAGUAUGUUUUUAGUAUCCCUGUCAUUGUCAAUGAUGUCAAGGCUUCCCAGCAAUACAGGUGUAAAAAAUUAAAAGGCGCGCACACGCACAAUUCUGCACGGAAAUUGCGAUUUAUCAGAAACUCCUUACUGACCUUUGAUGUCAGAGUCAGCCUGUGCCAAAACAACACAGUGUCUGCGUCUGUUAUUAAACGAGCGGUCCAGCAGAGAGAGUCCGUCAGAGCGUCGGUGCAGGUGACGGAGGAUGAAGGCAGAGUGAGGGACACUCACAGCUCACCUGACGGCCGUCACGCGGGCAUAAAAGACUGCGGACACGUUGGGCUCAGAAAAGCCUUUACGGUUCCCUCACUGGCGACCACGUGCUUGGCUACUCAUAUAUUUUUUUUUUUUUUUUUUUUUUUUUUUUUUUUUUUGGACAAGACCGUCAUCGAACUGGAGAGUAUGCUGUUUUGGCACAGCCAUCCUGAAACCUACCAACAGCACGCGCAAAAUAAUUAUAUAAGAGAUGCUCUUACUCCGUUUCUCAAGCAUGAAGAGGAGCAGCAGUCCACUGAGAUCGGAGUGUCUCCUUUUCAUUAUGUGCUUUGUGCAGCCACAUCUCCAGCUGUGAAACUCCAGGACGAAACCCUCACAUAUCUAAAUCAAGGUCAGUCCUAUGAAAUCCGUAUGCUUAACAGGAAACUAGUGGAGUUUACAAAUAUAAGCAGUAAACAUAUAAAGAGUAUUGUGCGUGUAGUUUUCCAUGACCGGCGGCUGCAGUACACAGAGCAUCAGCAGCUGGAGGGAUGGAGGUGGAACCGUCCGGGAGACAGAAUCUUGGAUAUAGAUAUCCCGUUGUCAGUGGGCAUAAUGGAGCCUCGAGCCCACCCACUGCAGCUCAACACCAUAGAGUUUCUCUGGGAUCCUGACAAAAAUGCCUCCGUGUUCAUUCAGGUAAACUGCAUUAGCACUGAGUUCACUCCUAGAAAACACGGCGGAGAGAAGGGUGUCCCCUUCCGCAUUCAGAUAGACACCUUCGCAGCCGGCGAGCACGGAGAAUACACUGAACACAUGCUCUCUGCAAGCUGCCAGGUCAAAGUCUUCAAGCCAAAAGGUGCAGAUCGCAAACUCAAGACUGACAGAGAGAAGAUUGAGAAAAAGAGUCCUCAGGAUAGAGAAAAAUAUCAACCAUCCUAUAAAACCACAGUGCUGACUGAGUGCUCCCCUUGGCCUGAAGCCCCAUCAGUCAGCAGAACAAGCAACACUCCAUCUCCUGGUUAUCACAGCGCUCACACUUCUUACAGCUUCCCAGAGGAAAACUGCUCUCCAGACCAGCAGGAGGAGCUACAUUUGCCAAGCUGUUCUGAUCACCUGUUGCCAUCGUCCUCCAUGCAGGACACGCAGCAGUGGCUCCAUCGUAAUAGGUUCUCCUCUUUCUCCAGGCUCUUCUCUGGCUUCUCAGGUUCUGAUCUGCUAAAAAUGAGUAGAGAAGAUUUGAUUCAGAUCUGUGGUCCUGCUGACGGCAUCCGUCUUUUCAAUGCAAUCAAAGGAAGGUGUAUACAACCUCGUCUCACGGUCUAUGUAUCCCAGCUACAGAACAGGAACCAACUGCACACCAAAGCAGCGGGUGAGGAUGUGUACCAUGCUCUCUACCUAGAGGACCUAACUGUCCUUGAGCUCACUGAGAAGAUAGCCAAUCUAUAUAACGUUCCCUCACAGCAAAUACUUCGCGUAUACAGACAGGGGCCGACAGGGAUCCACGUCUUGGUUUCAGAUGAGAUGGUGCAGAACUUUACAGAGGAGUCAAGCUUCAUUAUCAGCACAAUGAAAGAUGAAUGUAAUGAUGGCUACCAUGUUGUACUGAAGUGACCUGAGACUACUGGAGCAUUGCAGGUGCCUUUGGCUGAUGUUCACAAUACUGGACUGUUUCGAAGUUAAAUAUAGACCUGCUGGAAUGUGAGCUGAAUGAACGUGGAUCAUUUUUGUAUGAUGUAGAUGACUUAUGUAUUUUAAAAAGAGAAUGUUGUGAAAGGUUAUCUGAAAACUAAUGGAAAUUUUCUAUUUUAUCAUAUUACAGUGGUAUUGUAGCAUUCUUUUUUUCAAACCUUUUUUUUUCUUUUGUUUUAUCAUUAGAUACGAAAUAGCAAAUACAUGAUUUACUUUGCAGAUGACCUUUGCAACAACAACAAAAAAAACACAAAAAAACACAAAAGUUCAUAUAUUUAUGUUUCUAUUUAAGUUUUAUGUGAUACGUUUCUAAAAAAAAAAAAUACUAAUUCAAAACUUGGCCAUUUAUUAAAUAGAUAUUGGUGUUAAUAUUAAUGCCACUAUUGUGCACAAACAAGGAUUUUUGCUUGCAGAAGAUAAUCUCUCAGUAAUGCUGGUGUGAUUUGAUUCUUGUUCCUCACAGACUGAAGACAUCUAAAUAAAGUUAUUGCUCAGGAUGUUUUUUUGCUUUUUCUCACACAGCGCUUUUGAGAUUUCUAUUUUUGUAACCGAUCAAUGAUAAUGUAUUUUUCACAAAGCUUUUUGAACUGUACAGUAACACCUGUUUGUUAGGUGACCUUAUUGUGAUGAACCUUGCUGUUAGAUAAGCUUUAAAAACUCAUUUUGCAGGAAAAAUGCCAUAAGUGUUAUAUAAAUUUGAAUAGUAAACGUUCUCGUCAUAAAUGUAAUGUUUAUGUUCGAGUGUGUUACAAGAAACUUGAUUUAUUUGUACUGUUUUCUAUCACCCCACUAACAGAUGUGAUGAGUUACGCCCGUCACAUCAAGUACAAAAAGAAAGUUUUAUAAUAUGUGCGUAGCCUACAACAUUUUUAUGAAUCAGCUGUUCUUUUUUGCUUGAUUGACUGUACAAAUCUUUUCUCUUGGAUGUAAUGUUUUUCAGUAGGUUGUCUAGGUUCAGCUUGUGAAAUGUGCUGGUUAUGAAACAGAGAGUUUAUUGACAAAAGCCAUUGGUUUCUACCCAGAUUCUCCUUCAAUUCCUCUGUAGUCAUGAGGUUAGUGUAGUCGAGUAAACUCGUAGAGCUGAUUUUGUGUGUUACUCCGUGAAGUGGAAAGCGGCACACUUCAGUGAGCAGCUCUGAAUCCUCUGUGUUCCUCGCCAGUUCAUUGUGUGUGAUUUCCCAAACCCUGAAGCGGCACAGACAAAAGACAAAUGUGCUUAGCAACACAUGCAGACCAUAAAAUUGAGUUAUUUGAA